CGGUGAGUGACAGCGGCGGUGCUCCACGGCAGCCCGCUCCACUCCACGGUACGCCACGAGAACAGAGCCGAGCGGGGCAGGGGUGGGGGGGACGGACGGACAGACAGACGCGCAGACAGAUGCGGCAGGACGGGCUCUGAGAUGUGCAGUAAAUGGGAUUAAAUCGCUCGGAAACACUCGCACUAGUAGUAGUAGUAGUAGUAGUAGUGGUGGAGAGUAGGGGGAGCUGCGCCGCAUGCGCUCGUCAGUGUGCGCGUGGACAACUUGCGCAAAAGAGAGGCAAAACAAGCUAGAGAAGAAGAAGAAAACUAGCGACACUUGCAGUUAUCAGCAAACCCUCGUUCAGCUUUUUUAAAUUUGUUGUACCUCCGGGGCUGUGAGGAGCAGCGCCGACCUCCGUCUCCUCUCACAUGCCUGCGUUGAUGGGGGAGACAGGGAGGGGAGCGGAGCCGGGGGAUGUUUGAACCUCCUCUCUAAACUUGCACACAUACAACAAGAGAGAUUAAGCAGGGGUGUUUGUUUUAGUUGGGACACGCAGGAGCCCUCAUGGAGAGCCAGGUGAGCGAGCAGCACGGCUCCGAGGACGUGCGGCGGAGCGGCUACCUCCGCAAGCAGAAGUCCAUGCACCGGCGCUACUUCGUGCUCCGCGCCGCCUCGGAGCGCGGUCCGGCCCGGCUGGAGUACUACGAGAGCGAGAAGAAAUUCCGCGGCAAGGCCCCCGUGCCGAAGAAAGUGGUGGCGCUGGAGACGUGCUUCAACAUCAACAAGCGGGCCGACUCCAAGAACAAGCACAUGAUCGUGCUGUACACCCGGGCCGAGAGUUUCGCCGUCGCCGCGGAGAACGAGGCGGACCAGGACGAGUGGUACCAGGCCAUGGUGGACCUGCAGUGCAAAAGUAAGAAUCCCACUGAAAGUGGGGCUGCGGGGGACUAUGGAGUGCCUAAUCCUGGACCUGCUUUCAAAGAGGUGUGGCAGGUGAAAGUGUGGCCCAAAGGCCUAGGUCAGGCAAAAAACUUGGUUGGCAUCUACCGCCUUUGCCUGACUGACAAGACAGUUAACUUUGUGAAGCUCAACUCUGAUGCUGCUGCUGUGGUGCUGCAGCUCAUGAACGUGAGACGCUGUGGCCAUUCAGAAAACUUCUUUUUUGUCGAGGUGGGACGCUCUGCCGUGACAGGCCCGGGCGAGUUCUGGAUGCAGGUGGAUGAUUCAGUGGUGGCCCAGAACAUGCAUGAAACCUUACUAGAGGCCAUGAAAGCACUAAGUGAGGAGUUCCGCCAGCGCAGCAAGUCUCAGUCAAACUCUGGCCCUGGAGGGGGUGCUACUGCUUCCAACCCCAUUAGUGUUCCCUCACGCCGCCACCACCCAAACCCUCCUCCCAGUCAGGUUGGCUUCACCCGCCGCCCCAGAACUGAGCCUCCUGCAGGAGCUAAUAGUGGAGCAGCAGUCAGCAAUGCGAAUGCUUCUCCAACCCCCCGGCAUAGCUUUCCAAGGUCUCGCACCGCUAGUGAUGGGGGGAAAGGUGAGGAUGGGAUAGCAGGGACCACACUGCUACAUAGCAUGAACUCCAGCCCCUCCACCAAUGGCUCUUGUUCCACCACCCCAAUCCUCAGAUCGAAGUCCGCCCGUUCAGCGCCCAACACAGCUACUAAAACUCCUCUUGGGUUGAUGCGCUCCAUUUCCACCCCAGCGCCCUCUCCAGCCCCAAGUCUCUCCUCUAGCUCUGGGCAUGGCUCUGAGUUUGGAGGUGUAACAUCUUCUGCUGGUGCUGGUCCUGGGUCUGGUGCCUAUAGUCGGUUGCCCUCUCACUGUGCCUCUGUCUCAGGCUCACCCAGUGACUAUGGCUCAUCAGACGAGUACGGUUCUAGUCCUGGGGAUCACACGCUCCUGCCCUCCCCAAGCCUCCCUGGAAGCUCUGUUGGUAGCACCGGCAGCCAGUCCCUUGGUGACGAUGGAGCCAACUAUAUCCUAAUGGGCCAGCGUAGUGGUGGUGGCAACAGUAAUCAAGGGAGCUUGACGUCCAGCUCCUUACCUGCACCAGGAACACCAGCCUCUAGCUCCCAACCGCAGACCAGGAGAGUGCUCCGUCGCUCUUCCAGCCGUGAAUGUGAAGCUGAACGGAGGCUGUUGAAUAAGCGGGCUUCAUUACCUCCUAUGGCUUUGGAAAGGCUGGCACCACGUCAACGCAGAGCUGAGGAGCCAGCGGAUGAAGAUUCUGCAGAUUAUGCCAUCAUGUCGAGGAGCACCAGCCGAGAGUCUUUUACGUCCACGUGCUCUUCUACACACAGGGAAUCUGGCAUGGGUGCUGGGUCAGCAGGGGCAGGAGGAGGGUAUUUGGAUGUGGCAGUGGAGUUCAAAGCUGAAGGCGGUGGAGGAGCAGGUGGUAAUGUCGAUCUAGGUGUGGACAAUGGAUACAUGUCCAUGCUACCGGGAGUCACUCAGCCUCCAGUAUCCCUUUCCCAGUCAAUGACCGUCUCUGUCCCUGACUCCGAUUCCAAAGCUGCUGAUGAUUACAUGGCCAUGACUCCUAACAACAGCGUGUCUCCUCCACAGCAGAUCCGACCUCCACCAGCUUCUGAUGGCUAUAUGAUAAUGUCUCCCAAUAGCAGCUGCUCCCCGGACCAGCGUGGAGGUCUUUCUGGAGGGGCUUGGGUGGGCAGUGGCAGUGCAGACAGCAGAGCAGGCAGUGACUAUAUGAACAUGUCUCCAAUUAGCGCUCGUUCUGUAAAUGGCAGCCCCCCACCUCCUGAGCAUACCUGCCAUUUGGAGACCAAUUCCCAACAACAAGCACCCAAGAUGGUGUAUUCUUACUACUCCCUUCCCCGGUCAUACAAACAUAACCCCUCGGCCGGACACUUUGAUGAUGGGCCUGGACGAGGCAGAAGACCCAAUGGGAGUUGUAGCAGGGGAGUGGGUGGAGGUAGAACCAUUGGAGGGCGUCAGGAACAACCAGCAGCAGGUAAUUCUGUGGUUGGACGCCACCUGUCACUCUCGUCAUCCUCAUAUUCUUCCAGCUCAGCCAGCAGUGAGAGCCUCGGGGAGAGUGAGGACCGAACUACUCAGACACUGAGUAACAUGACUGGUGGAACUCAGUCCAAAGAUGUAAGCUCCGGUAAGCUCCAGCAGAGACGGGGAUCUGGUGGGUUAUCCAAGCAGGGUAGCCAUACUAGAAGCAGACCAGUGAGCCUGUUUGUUGAUGUAUCCAAGGCUAAUACCCUUCCUAGGGUCCGUGAGAACCCUCUGCCUCCAGAACCUAAGAGCCCUGGGGAAUAUGUAAGCAUAGAGUUUAAGGGGGAGAAGUGCAGCCAGACUGGGGUUGGAGGAGGACGUGGCAGGGGUCUUAGGCAUGGCCUAUCAUUGCCUCAUGGCUCAAGCAGCCAGCAUCCUCAGCACAGGCCAACCUCUUGCUUAGGUAACUUCAUACCCCUCUCCCGUAGUCCCUCAGCCCCCAUCACUCCCCCAGCUGCCUCUGAAUAUGUCAACAUGGACCUGGGCCCUUCACCCUCCCCCUCACCCCUGUCUCUUACCCCACUAGUUUUCCCUUCUUUCCACACCCCUCCCACACCUCCAACUCUUGCCCAUGCCCCUAAAGCAUCUAAUGAGGGUGCUACUGGCCCUCAUGAAGAGGAGGCUGAAGUGGCUGAAGCCUCACUUAGGAAAAGCAGAGAGAACGUUCCAUCCGUGACUGAGUCAGAGUCCCCUACAUCCUGUGGUGACUACACUGAGAUGGCCUUUAGCUUGAAUAGCAACACUGUCUCUCGGUCAACAUCUAGUGUUUCCCCCAAAGUCCCAUCUCCCAGCAGUACUGAUCCUUCUGUUCCAGUGCUGUCACGGGGUCUAGACUUCCCCCUAGCCAAGUCAGGACCCAAUCCAGACCAGGGGGCUAAAGUUAUCCGGGCAGACCCCCAAGGACGCAGACGGCACUGCUCAGAAACCUUCCUUGCCUCACCUUCCCUCCCCACCUCUACCUCUACUUCGUCUUCAACUGCCUCCCUCUUUCCAGAACACACCCAAGCUGUGGCUCGCCGGCUAGGGUUUGAUAGCAUGCUGUGGGGGAACGGUGCUGUCACUGAUCCUCCCACCCAGUUUCCCCUCCCUGGACAGCAGUUGGUUACCACAAACACUCAGACCUCAUCCACAGAACAAGGCCUUAACUACAUAGACUUGGACUUGGCCAACAAAGAGAGCCCUCAUGUGGGUCUGGAUGGACCCUCUGGAAGUCAGGCACCAUCUCGCCUCUUUUCUGUACUCGGUGCAGGUUCUGGGGUCGGGGGAGUGGGAGUGGCUGCAGCCGUCAGCAGCAACAGCAGCUCUAGCCUCAACACGUACGCCAGCAUCGACUUCUACAAAUCAGAGGAGUUGCGGACACAUCAAAAUGGAAAUAAGGAAGGAACAGAGUGCUGAUGUCAGUGCGUCGUCCUUGGGGAAACAAUCUGGUACCACUCAGGGCUUCGAAGCUCCGCCUCUUCCUUUAGUGACAACCAAUCACAUCGAGAGAGCAGCUGGAUCGGACACAGCCCUGAAGCACUUUGACAGAGAAUGAUGGAUUUUUUUUUUUCUUCUCUUCGCUUUCAUCUACUUGGUUGUGGAAACCAACAGGGAUGUGUGCCAAAUGACAUUCUUAUAAAGCUAUUUGCUGCUCUCAUUCCUCGAGUGAAAGCCAAUCAGAGAAGGGUACAAAAAUGGAGGACAGUGUUUUGGUUAUUUUGUUGAUUUUAUUUUUCCUAAUUGAAAAAGUUAAAUCACUAAAGAGUACAAUGGUGGGUGACUAGUGUGUGAAAAAGAAAAUAUACAGAAUUAUGUAUCUGCUCAAAAAGUGCCUCAUUUUCAGAUUGUAGCCAUUUUACGAAGAACUGCAACGUAGCGUCGACUAACUAUAGCUUUCGGUUGUCAUUUUCGUGCUUGAUUUAAUGUAGUUUCCAAAAAAAAUGCAACAGAAAAUACUAGUAAGUGGGGAGCACUGGUGUGGGCUUUCGCUGCGUUCAUGUUAAACGGGUGGAUGUUAGAGAAGCAAAAACAGCUGCAAUGAAAACAUGAAGUUUGAGCUUCUAACCCUCUCCAAGCCAAACAGGUUGGGAAACACUGUUCUAGAGUAUACAACAGAAGUCAGUAAACACCUGUGCAAAAUCCCCCAAAAAACAUUUUCAAAAGACAGUUAUAGGUAGCACCAUGAAUGCUGUGGAUAUACCAUGGCAUUACCUGACAAAAUGACUCCCAGUUUGCAGAAGCUUUGCAGAAGAGGAAUAUUCCAGCAGUAUAAUCAUCCAAAGCACACUUCCAAGAUCGCAUAAGAGUUUUUAAAGGAGAAUAUAGUGUUGCCUGACUUGAAUCCAAUAAGAGCCGCUUGGGGUAUUUUAAAGAGGAAGUCAGAUCCACACAACCCCUCCAGCUAAAAAAACAAUACCAUGUCUGAGGAAUGGCAGAUCGUCUGUCCAGAUACAAUAAUUCUUAACUAUUAGGUUAUAGUUUUACAUAAGUGCAACUUGGAAGUGAUGCAGUUAUUGUAAGGUGAUACUAUUUUAUAUAAUCUGACAUUUAAUUGAUUUUGCACAGACGUGUACUCGCAUCUCUUGUCUACUGUGUAUUUAUUUGGACAAAAGUGCUACAAUAGAUAUAACUUUUCCUAACUUUGAUGCUGCCAUAAACUCUAUUUACAAGACAGAAACCUGGAAUCACAAUAAAUCCAAUAUGACAUGAACGCAGCAUUUUAUUAAUAACAAUAAUAAUAAUAAUAAUAACGAUAAUAAUAAUAAUAGUACUAGCAAUCUGCUAGCCUUCCUUUCUACUGUAAGAAAUAUUAGCAUAGCUGCUGUUAGCUAACUGCUCAUUAGUGUGUCGCAUUUCUUCUUUAAAUCCUUGUUUUCUUUUUCUCCUGACUUCUCUUACUACUUAGGUUUCUUGAGCCAUAAAUGAAAGUAUUGAAUACAAACGCUUGAAAUAAAAGAUACUUGUAGCAGGGAAUAUAGUAGCUUGCUAGCUAGCUAAAGCCAGGUAGAUCAGAUUAACAUAUUAGCAUCAUGCCAGGACAUAAAUUCAGCAUCCUGCUGACUACAGCUCAGGGUUAGAUCCCUGACAUAGAGCCAAGCAAUCCCAUUAGUGCUAUUAGUUCCAGACACUUGUGUCUCACUUAAUCCCCUUCAUCUCAGGAUGCUAAAUAACAUACAGUACAUACAGCUUAGGACAGAGACCCUAUCAAUAGCCAUUCUAAUGCUAGCUUUGUAGCUGUCAGCACACUGCGUAUAGCACUUGAAAAGGGGUCAGUUCUCAUUUUACUUAUGUGAAUAUAAAAUCAAUCAAACUGCUCAUUUGUUCUCAGUUAUUUUAUACACUACCGAACAGUUUUAUUUUAGUUUUUUUUUUUUUUUUUUUUUUUAAAUACACUUUUUCAUUUUAAACUGGUUGAAUUAAAAGUGCUUUGGCCCAAAAUCCUUCUUUAAGACUCUGUUUCUAUCACCCCCCCUCCUCCUCCUCUUUUGCUUACUUUAAUCUUUGCUAUGCAUUAGCACUUAAGUGCCUGUCUGUCCUAUUUGUCAGUCUGUCUCUCUGCUCCAUUUUAGCAACUAGCACUACUACAGUUGUCCCAGUGGAAUAUAUCAAGGCUAUUUUUGUGGCUAUUUUUGUCUCUUUCGAUGUACAGUUCUCCUAAAUUGUUUGAUUGUUUGUUUGUUCGGGAUGGCAACGAUCUAUCAAAUGACUGACAGCCGUUGCCCUAAUCUGAGGAGUUUUGGACCGUUUCUCUUUGCCGGUAAUGGAGGACUUAAUCGUUGCAGGGCCGUCAGUGCCAAAUACAACAACAACAAAAACUAAGCCUCUCUGACAGCACCUCAAGAAGCAACUUUAGGCUCUCAAGUCUGGACACAUUGCUUUGUUUUGUUUUAAAAAUGUAACCUUUUGUGUUCCCUCGUUUUCUUCCACAGCGGGGUAAAGAACUGUGACAUAUUGCCUCACAGUCUGCUGAUGUGACUCUCUGAGAUAAAGGUCAUUGUGAAGACUGCUUGGACCAGGUUAUAAAAGAAUGCACGAAGAGGAAGAAAUGGCCGUCACAGAAAACAACAGCAACAAAAUCCUUAUGUUUAAAUACAUGUGUAUUUGUGUAGCUCCAAGUUUUACUCCUGUUUGUCUGCCUGCCUUCGGAAGUUCAUGAACUUUCUCAUUCUGGUCACAUGACUUUCAGGGCCUAGAGCAUAACAAUGCAGCUUUAUUGUGAGCAGAUUGGGAUCUGCUGUUGGAAUUGUCCCUGAUAGUGGUUACUAAUUCAGAAGUGGAAAAAAAACAAUUGGGACUUCAAACCAGAUUUGACACGUAAAUCCAAGACUUUUCAGCAGACUUGCAGGCAAACACGUUGAUGAAUCUAAAUGUUUCUAAUGUAUUUUGGAGAUGUUCUCAUGUAACUCAGCCAAAACACAAAUGCUUGAAGGUAUUUGUAGUUUAGAAAGAAAGCGCACAAACAGACUUUCAAUCCUAACAAGCAGACAUUACUAUCCUGCCAUUUGCCCCUUCAAGCUCUGAGCAUCUCAUGAACUUUUGAAAUUUUGCUUCGUCAAACUGCCUGCAGUCUUCUUCUUUGGCUGCCCGUGGCAGUCGCAGCCACAUAUCGUGACUCAAGAUUCUUUGGGAGAACUCAGGCAAACAGGGGGUUCAGCAGUUUUAAAGUGGCUGUAUGAUAUCAUUCAUUGCAUUGUUAGCAAAUUUAGUCGUGCUCAUAAAAUGUGCAGAAAAGUGCUGCUGCUGUUCUAAAUUGUUUUAUCUAUUCCUCCUGUUCCCCUGAGAAUGGUACUGAAUGGGAAUAUUGUGAGGUUUGCCAUUGAUGUAGACAGUUUUACUUAUGUUGCUUGAGAAAAAAAAAUCUGACUAAAUGGGAAAAAAAAGUCAUACAACAAAA